GAACUUCAUGUCGAACAAAAACAUCUUCAUCAACAUAUAGAUACAUUGUGUGAAAGCACGAAAAUAACCAAGAUGGCAUUACCAAAUAAUUAUGGGUUGUUUAAUGCCUUUAAUGAUAUACCCAGACCUGGAGCUGUGGCCAAUGAAAAAAUUCAACACAUGGAAGAGUACAUUCAAAAAGUGGAUACAUUCUUGAAAGAUUGUAAUACAGAAUUUGGCAAAGUUUCCAUUUCAAAACAAAAAUGGGAGAGAUACCAAGUCCUAACUGCUUCAUAUGAAUCUAAAAUGACUCAAUUGGAUGCAGCGAGGAAAAGACUUGAAGAACUUUGGAAUGAUCGAGAUGAACGUCAAGUCAAGGAUCCUGAAGAGCAUGACAAAGCAUCAGCAGACAGGGUACGAAAUAUCCUUGCUAGAGAACAGCAAGACGCCGAAUCAAUGAUUGGGGAAGCAUAUGCUCUCAUUCUUUUGAAUAAUAAGUCCUUAGAUAAUAUCAGAAGCUUGAGUCCUGCAACAAAGAGAUUGCUAGAAAAUGCUGAAUUGUUGCCCCUCCGCAAUCAAAUUAGUGACUUACAAGAACAAUUGAGUAAUGCUGUGCAAGUACCAGCAACUCUACCUGAUGCUAAUCUCAUUCAUAAAUUACGUGAAAGCCUCGAGAAAGAGAAACAAAAAAACAAAAGACUUGAUGACAAGGUCAAUGAGCUCAAUGGUCGAAUCACGAAUUUGGAAAUUGGUGUCAAGAAUAAUAAAGAUGAUGCCAAGAGAAACCUAGAUUCAUGGAAUGCAUCCAAGGUGGAAGUUUCCAAACUAAAUGAUAACAUCAGAUUAGCUGAAAAGGCUUUGGACUUGGAAAAGAAAAAGUUCGAAGCCCUAAGAAAGAGGUACAAGAGCUCUUUAAAAGAACAAGAAUCUGAAAAAUCUGCAAGUGAAGAGCUCAUGUCCUUGAAACAAGAUUACAGAGGCUUACAAAAUGAAUCCGAGUAUCAGGAAAAUUUAUUUUGUUCUUGUAUUGGUCUACUGUUGGAGAUUCCAGAAGAUAUGAAGAAUAGAUGGUGCAACAUAUUUAGAAAUGCAUAUUAUCCUCUGAAUGAAGAACAAGAACUAAUUCUUGAUCAUCAUUCUUCACACCAACUUUGGUUAGUACAAAAUCCGAUCACUUCUAGACAUGACGCAGAGAUUUUAGAGAUUUCAAAUGAAGACAUGUCCCUCCCUAUGAGCUCUGCCUUACGUUUAAUUCAUCAAUUUCAAGCCAGGCCUUCCAAAGUGGAGGAGCCGCGAACUUUGAGGUUGAUCUCACAUUUGAUAACCAAAAUUACUGAAGUUGAUCAGUAUUGGUUAAGUCAAGUAUCACUCUCGUGUUUCCAUGUCUUUCAUAGUUACGCUGCAGUAGAAAACAAUGAGGAUGUUGGACCAUCCCUCUUACAUGGGCUUACUUCGCUAGCAAUGAUGACUCUAAUACAUCAUAUGGCUAUGAGUUAUCCUCAGAUUCAAAGUAUCUUCUCGAUUGAUGAAUACAUUUGCAACACCACAUCACAAAUUGAUCCAGGUGAUGGACCGAUAUUUGAGUUCUCCAAAGUUCUCCCAAAAUUGACGAAUCUAGAUGUGGAUGAUGCUGUCGAUGCACUGAGAGUACAUUUCCAAGAAAAUGUCAUUCAUUACUCUCUUCAUAGUCCAUCUAUUAUAGUUGGAAACUUUGGAUUGGAUGUAAUUGGGCUAACUAUGAUUACCGAACCAAACUUUGAAUGGGUCAUGAUCAUUGAACAUAAGAGUUAUGGAAAACCUAACUUGAUAAAUAUGAUAGAAAAAUCAUUGUUCAAUUUAUCGGACACGUACAUUAAUCUAACAACUUCAACAUUUUGUAUAAAGGAUCGCUCAAAAUUUGCAAUUCUUCUGUUCGAUCACGAGGAAACGGAUAGAGAGUACCAAUGGUGGAAAAUGGUAACCACUUAUGAAUUUAGGGUUUGGUCUGUUGAGGAUGAUGAGAUGUUCCAUGCAAUUUGCAUGAGCUAG